AUGAUAUACAUUGGAUUCGCGUUUCUAGGAGGAACCAUGUUUGGGGACUAUACACUUCCGCAAGUAUCUCUAAAUAUUCCCACACACUUGGUUGCUGCCAAGCUUGUGCUAUGGCUGGUUGUUCUCCUUCCAUUCAGCAAGUAUUCGCUAUGCCUUGCUCCCAUAGCUCUCGAUAUUGAGAGCAAAUUCCCGUGGCCCAAUACUUCGAGAUGUUUUGUGGCAUCCAGCCUGCUUCUCAGGACCGGUCUCAUGAUCUUCGUUUUUUUGUUGGCUAUGGUUUUUCCAUAUUUCGAAACCGUGGUGGCAUUUAUAGGCUCUGCCUCAGGCAUGCUCGUAGCGGUGAUCCUUCCUUCGUUAUUUUAUUUGAAAAUAUACAGAAACGUGAUGCCAAAGUGGGAGGCCCGAGUCAACUAUGCCAUCUUGGCUGUGGGAACUGCGGUGGGCGUGGCUGGAACCAUCGCGUCCAUCAUCAAUUUUGUGCACCGCAUAAGAUCAUGA